AUGGCUAGUGAUCCGCUCACGGUUACUGCGGUUUUCAAUGGACAGUCUUCAAAACUUACCCUGGACUCGGGUCCCGAUUCACCGGUUUCAUCACUUAUGUUUCUCGUACAAAAGCAGUUACGUAUACCCACAGACAAACAACGACUUAUUUUCAAAGGCCGGUCAUUACUCGACCCCGAAGCCACUCUCUCCACGUGUGGUAUCCGAAACGGUGCCAAGAUAAUGAUCCUGGGUUCAGUAGAACAAAUCGAUCCGAACGAAGUGAGUAAACUGAAAGCGGCUCGAAGCACUUCCGAUUCGAUCUCAGCGGAAUUGGAUAAACUCCGUAGUGAAUGUGCAGAUCUCUCUAUCAUGCCCAAAGCUGACAUUGACAGCCGGUUGAAGGCCACACUGGGCCUACUCGAACAAUGCAUGGGAUGUUUGGAAUCCCUGGAUUCAGUUCGUUUGCCGUACGAUUCCGAGGCGGAAAGGAAAGAACGAAAGCAGCUGGUCGAUUCCAUUCAGGAUCUGAUGGUUAAAGCAGAUGACUUGAAGAAUAAACUAAUGAAAUCACGGGAUAGCCAAUAA